AUGAAAGACGAGCAACUCCUUAACUGUUCCAUUUCAGUUAUUUCGUACGCCUUGUUUUCGUUUUACAUUGUUCUCAACAAUAAUGUGAAUGUGAUGAUGGUAAAACUUAUAACGCAGCAUGAAUGUUUGAUGUCAAUCUUUAAUCUCAUUCAACAUUCUUCAACCUCGCCAAUCACUAGUUCCGCAUGUUAA